AUAUAUUUGAUGACCGAUUUUGCUUGAUGGAUAGACGCAACCUCUCUUUCGUUGAAUCUCUUCGUUCAGAGGGAAUUGCUCAUGCCAGCUCUCACUUACCUGCUACUGGCCGCCAUUGGCGCGUCGUCCGUUCACUCUCUACCAUCCAAACAGACCUGUAAUGCUCCUGUGACGGCGUCCUCCUUCUCUUCCACGUCUUUGGAUGUUGUCAUCGUAGGUGGUGGAACUGCCGGUCUUGUCCUUGCCUCUCGUCUUUCGGAGAGCAAGAAGCUACAAGUCGGCGUGAUAGAGGCGGGUGAUGAUCGCGUCAACGAUCCUCUCAUCGACGUUCCUAAUGAUGCGAACCUCCUUGGCUACGAGGGUGCUCUAUUCGGCAACUCGACUUAUGAUUGGAAGUAUACAAGUGUUCCGCAGCGAGGUCUAGACGGCAGGGUUCUGUCGUAUCCUAGCGGCAAAGUCCUCGGUGGUUCAUCAGCUAUUAACGGUAUUACGAUUCAGCGUGGAUCUCGCGAAGACUAUGAUGCAUGGGGAAACGCGUUCGGAAACGGACAAGAGUGGACUUAUGAUGCCCUACUCCCCUACUUCAAACGCUACGAACACUGGCACGCACCUACUCUGUCAGCCACAGGUGACCUGAACUCAGACGAGUUGAGCGCAGUUCAUGGUACCGACGGCCCCAUAUCGCUAAGCUAUAACAACUGGCUUCCUGACGUCGACAUCCCGCUCACCCAAGCAGGAAUCGCUCUCGGUCUGGGACCCACCCAGAACCCUGACGGAGGCGACGACUCAUUCUUCCCUAAUUUCGGCGCGGCGCAUGGCUUCGAUCCCGUUUCGGGAAACCGCAGCUAUGCGGCCAGUGGGUACUACGGCCAGACCGAAAGGUGCCGCUCUAAUCUGCAUCUGUUGACUGGUGCCCUCGUGACCCGUAUUAUCUGGGACAACACGACGGCUACGAAGGCAGUUGGUGUAGAAUAUGCUGUUGGGAACGAUAAGUUUACAGUGAAGACACAAAAGGAAGUCAUACUUUCAGCUGGUGCUCUUAGAUCGCCGCAGAUCCUAGAGCUAAGCGGAGUCGGUAACAAGACACUGUUGGAGAGCCUCAACAUCUCAGUCGUCCUUGAUAUCCCUCAAGUGGGAGAGAACCUUGUGGAGCAGACCAUCGCAGCAACGGACUUCUUGGUUCGUGAUGGCGUAGUCACGCUUGACGCCCUCGGUAACAAUGCCACCCUCCUAGCUGAACAACAGAACCUUUACCGAACGAACAAGACUGGAGCGUUUACCUACCUUUUACAUGUCAAUGCUCCUACUCCUAUUCGCUCAGUCGUUCCUGAGGAGGAGUUCACGGCUAUGCGCGCAGUCCUUGAUGAUUACCUCGCAUCUGAGGCUCUCACUCCACUCCAGACCGUGCAAUAUAAUAUCGUGAAGCAAUUGAUCGACGAGGGUAAGGUUGCUACUACCUCCUUGUUGUUAGUCCCAAGUGGUGGCCUGGUCAGCACUCCUGCAGCGGGCCAAGGUUAUAUAUCAGUGGUUUCGACUCCAGGGCACCCUUUCUCCCGCGGAACUGUGCACAUCAAUACCACAGACCCAGUUGCAUACCCUCUCAUGGACUCUGCAUUCCUCACAAAUCCUUGGGAUGUUCAGGCUACUAUCCGCGUUAUGCAGUUUGUUCGCCGAUGGGUCUCGGCCGCGGAUGUGAUAGAGUCGCCUGGUACACCUCCGCCGGAAGCAGAUUCCUGGAGUGACGAUCAGUGGACUGCAUACGUGAAAAGUGUUCUCGGGACGGCCCAUCACCCAGUUGGAACCACAGCUAUGGCAUCACAAGAGCUCGGAGGUGUCGUCGAUCCCCGAUUCAAAGUAUACGGUCUUCAAAAUGUCCGCGUCGUUGAUGCUGGAGUGUUUCCCAUGCCUGUUGGCGUAGCACCGAUGUCUACUGUGUACAUGCUAGCCGAGAAGGCGGCCGAUACUAUCAAGAGCGAUUUGAAGGCUAACUAAAUUAGAAUGCAGGACUUCAACCGUUCUUUUGCUAGCACACCUGUGUCAGACGUUCUUUACCAGAUUACUUACGCCUUACUAUUUAGCCGUGAUCUUUUCAUCAGAUUUAAUUUUUAUCACUUGCAUUAGGUAUCCACCGUCUAUAGAUUAUUCACCACAUAUUAUCGAAUAUCUAUUAGGUUUUAAAUUUU